GAUCUCUCAGGCAAUCAUUUUUCAGCGGCCGCAAACAAAAAAAGUUCAGUUCCUCCUUCGCAAUCGCUAGUGUAUAUGGACUUGUCACAGUGCGGUAUAAAUGGUUUUUUCCCGGAGCUUCUGAAAACACAGCAGCGGUUGCGUACUCUAGACAUUUCCAACAACAAAAUCAAAGGUCUAGUGCCUGGCUGGUUAUGGAUGCUACCAAACUUGGAGAACCUGGAGCUUUCAAACAACACUUUCACCGGUUUCGAAAGACCACCAUCGAAACAUGGAUUAUUAUUAUCCCAUGUAAGGAACUUUCUUGGCUCCAACAACAACUUCACGGGGGAGAUUCCUUCUUUCAUAUGUGCGUUGCGUUCUCUAAGUAUUCUCGAUCUAUCUAGAAACAACUUCAACGGUUCGAUUCCUCUUUGUUUUGGAAACCUUAAGAGCAGUCUCUCGGUUCUAAACCUUCGUCAUAAUCGUCUGCAUGGAGGUCUUCCAGAGAAUAUACUUGGGAAUCUAAGGUCGCUUGACGUCGGUCAUAACCACCUGACGGGGAAGCUUCCAAGAUCUUUGUCAUCUCCUCUCGAGAUCCUGAACGUGGAAAGCAACGGAAUCAACGACACGUUUCCUUUCUGGUUAAGUUGUUUAACAAAUCUCCAAGUUCUCGUCCUUCGAUCCAAUGCAUUCCAUGGACCAAUACAUCAAGCCUCGUUCCCUAAGUUGAGGAUUAUCGACAUCUCGCGUAAUCACUUCAGUGGAUAUUUGCCAACGGGCUACUUCGUGAAGUGGAGUGCCAUGUCAUCACUUGGGACAAACAGAGAAGAUCGGUCCAAAGUAAAUUACAUGGACGUGAAAUACAUGGGAGAUGAAGUAGAUUAUGGAUAUUACCAUGAUUCAGUCGUUUUGAUGAAUAGAGGUUUAGAGAUGGAGCUAGUAACCAUCCUAAAAAUCUACACAACGCUCGACUUUUCGGGAAACGAACUCGAAGGAGAGAUUCCAAAGUCCAUCGGUCUGCUGAAAGAGAUUCGUGUGCUCAACUUGUCAAACAAUGGUUUCACUGGCCGCAUCCCUUCAUCUUUGGGAAACUUGACGGCUCUCGAGUCGUUGGAUGUUUCCCGAAACAAGCUUUCGGGAGAGAUUCCACAAGAGCUAGGGAGUCUUUCGUACCUUGCCUACAUGAACUUCUCGCAUAACCAGCUCGUGGGUCCUGUACCAGGAGGCACUCAGUUUGGUACGCAGAAUUGUACUUCCUUUGAGGAUAACAAGGGGCUUUUUGGGCCUUCUCUUGACGAAGCUUGCAGAGAUGUUCACGCGCCAGCAUCGCAUAAAGAAGACUAUGAAACGACGGAGACAGAGGGAGAAGAGGAAGAGGUGGUGAGUUGGAUAGCAGCUGCAAUAGGAUCCGUACCUGGUAUUGUCUUGGGUUUGACGAUUGGGUACGUUCUCACUUCACACAGACCAGAGUGGUUCGUAAACCCUUUUGGCCGGAAAAGUCGUCGAAGCAGAAGCACCACAACGUAACGGUGUAGAAACUAGAGAGGCUUUUAAGGUCAACAUGAAGACCCCUUGACCCAAGAGAUUCAACCACUCUCUGUCAAAAUAUUUCAGUUAUCGUUUCUGUUUAGCUUGGUGUGUUUUAUCUUUUGCUCUGUUUUUUUUUUAGUUUUAGUCAACUUCUUUGUCUCUCUGUAAUCGAAAUACUCUGUUCUGUACCUAAAAGUUUAUCUGCUCUUUUUAGAUGGAGAUGAAUCAAGAAAAGAGAA